ACUGCCCAGGAGGGCUGGCGAGUGCUCCAGGAGGCGAGCGGGUGGGCUGUUCGUUCUUGGAAGGGCUCAUUAAUGAAAACCCCUGAGCCUGACCACCUGGGGGAAAGGCUCACCAUUCCCAUGUGCAGCUGAUAAGGGCCAGGAGAUUCCACAGUUCAGGUAGUUCCCCCGCCUCCUUGGCGUUUUGUGGUCACCAUUAAUCAUUUCCUCUAACUGUGUAUAUAAGAGCUCUUUUGCCAGUGAGCCCAGUACUCAGAGAGAAAGGCUAAAGUCCUCAGGAGGAUGUGGCUGCAGAACCUGCUUCUCCUGGGCACUGUGGUCUGCAGCAUCUCGGCACCCACCUACCCACCCAGCCCUGUCACCCGGCCCUGGCAGCAUGUGGAUGCCAUCAAGGAGGCCCUGUUCCUCCUGAGCCACAGUAGUGACACUGCCACCGUGAUGAAUGAAACUGUAGAAGUCGUCUCUGAAAUGUUUGACCCCCAGGAGCCGACAUGCCUGCAGACCCGCCUGGGGCUGUACAAGCAGGGCCUGAGGGGCAGUCUUGCCAGGCUCAAGGGCCCUUUGACCAUGAUGGCCAGCCACUACAAGCAGCACUGCCCCCCCACCCAGGAAACUUCCUGUGCUACCCAGACUAUCACCUUCAAAAGUUUCAAAGAGAACCUGAAGGAGUUUCUGUUUACCAUCCCCUUUGACUGCUGGGAACCGGUCCAGAAGUGAGGCAGGCUAGGCCAGCCGGCCAGCCCUGGGAGCU